CCUUAGCAAUCCAAUGACUCUCUUGGGGUGAAAAAAAAUCAAUAAACCUAUGAAUCAGUAAAUCUAUUCAUUGUACUUUCUCCAGUUUAGAACCAUAUGGUAGAUUAGAUUUUUUUAAAACUUAGAUCUUUUAGCCUUUGCCAGAUGUCUUGUCACUUAAUACUGAGUAAAAUUUUCCAAGAAAAUAUGUCUUCUGUUGAGGACUGGAAAAGAAGUCAAAUUAUCUUAUAGUGGCUUUCUUUAUCAUUGCUUAUUUUAAAGUACAGUAAUCCAUAUUCUUUUAAAAUAAUUUAGAGUUGAGACAAAGAAUCAGAACUGAUCUUGCAGAGAUAUUGAAUGGAUGCUUUUUGAUGAUUCCAUUGAUUGUUUAAAAUUUAAAUGUUCUGAAAUAUAGCAUCUCAAAACUAUAUUAAAUAUUUAAAAAUAUAUAUGAAUCAAUACAUAAUCUCUUUUAGGAGUAUUUUUUUGGCUAUAUAGUACUUUUGUAUAAUUUGUUUUUCACUUGUGUUUGUCCAAGCUUUUUAUUUAUUUGUUACAUACAGUAGGUAUGUGUUUCUGAAUGUUUUACUGCUCAGGAUUCAGCACCACUCUUUUAAAUAUGUGCUUAUAGAUAGGUAACAAUAGUAGAAAUUUUAAUUAAAGCAGUUUCCUGGAAACUGAAAAAAAAAUAUAUGCAUAGCUUUUUAAGUAUCCCUUUGAAAAUGCAGGUUGAUUGCUGCUGCUGACAAUGUUCAGCCCUGUCCUUUGGGACCUCUUUGAGGAUAAGAACACAUUCACCAGUCUGUAAGAUCAAAAGUAAACAAGAGAAAGGAAGACUUUAAGAAAGCUUGCAUCCUUCUUGGAAGAAAAUAUCAGUCUUCCAUGGAGAAUGAACAUUUGCAUGCAAAAAUUAUAAUAAUCUCUUAUAAAUAAUAAUAUAAAAGAUAUGUUAUUCUAUUGUAUAGCUUUUAAAAAUUAUGGUGAAAAUAAUGGUUGAUUGUUAGUAUAUGAAUAUUUAACAAUUUAUUAUUGAAGAGAAAUGAAUAUUACCUAUUUUAUUUUUUCACUUUUUUAAAGAUCUUGAAAACUAAGAAAGGACUUUUCCUCCUGAUUUUUUUAUUUUAUUGAUGUAGUAAAAACAUUGCACCAUUGCAUCUGAAUAACACAAACAUGUUUGUUUUACCAAUCCCGCAUUAAGAAGUUUCAUCAGGCAGUUACUUUUCCACAUGCAGCUGGAGUGCAAAAUAUAUUUUUCACAUGUUUUUGCAUGCAUUUUUUCUAUGAAUUUAAUAUUUAGAUAUAAAAAGCUUCAUAUAAGGAAUUGUUUUUCAUGAAUAUAGCAAAAGUCAAUCAAUUUAUAUAAUAUUGCAGUCCCAGACUAGUUUGUGUAAUUAUUUCUUGGGCUGCUUCAUCAUUCCAAAAUUUGAUAUUGAUUCAAACUUUUUUUAGAAAGUUUUCAGAGGUGUGUAUGGGGGGGAUAGUCUACUAAUUUGUUGUACCUAAAUCAACUGCUAAAUUGUCCUAAGCCUGUGCUUAUUCUAGCUACAUUUUUAUGGACUAGAAAGAUACCUUUAUAUUUUAGAUUAAAAAGUGGUAUUGAAUCCCUUUCUCUCAACAAGUACAUAGAGGCUGAUUGGUUUCCUGGGAAAUCUUCAAAUUUUCAUGUCUUUUUACAGUGCUGAGCAUUUUAACUGAAGGCACUGGGUGAAUUGCAAAGGGCUUAGCCAAUUCCUCCAGAUUCCCUGCAUGAUUCCUUGAGCAAGCCAAACAUGCUUGUAGUGUUAUUUUCUUAAAAGUGACUGUAAUCAGUGGACUCAUCAUGUUCUUCCUGUUCUUCUCAGAGCUCCAAUACUAUCUUACAAAGGAGAUUCACCCAGAAUUAUAUGUUGAUAAAUCAAGGGGAGAUAAGCUACGGAUAAAUAUAGACAUUGCUUUUCCACAUAUGCCAUGUGCUUAUUUGAGCAUUGAUGCAAUGGAUGUGGCUGGAGAGCAACAAUUAGAUGUUGAGCAUAAUCUCUUCAAACAGCGCUUGGAUAAAGAUGGCAAGCAUGUGACUCCAGAAGCAGAAAGACAUGAGUUAGGAAAAGAAGAGGAACUAUUCUUUAAUCCAAAUUCAUUAGAUCCUGAACGCUGUGAAAGCUGUUACGGAGCAGAAUCCGAGGAUAUCAAAUGCUGCAAUAAUUGUGAUGAUGUGAGAGAAGCAUACAGGCGGCGAGGGUGGGCCUUCAAGAAUCCAGAUACUAUAGAACAGUGCAAGAGAGAAGGAUUUAGCGAGAAAAUGCAGGAGCAGAAAAAUGAGGGAUGCAAAGUAUAUGGAUUUUUAGAGGUCAAUAAAGUAGCUGGGAAUUUUCACUUUGCACCAGGAAAAAGCUUUCAACAGUCUCAUGUUCAUGUUCAUGAUCUUCAGAGUUAUGGACUUGACAAUAUAAACAUAACACAUUUUAUCAGGCAUCUUUCAUUUGGGAAGGAUUAUCCAGGCCUUGUGAACCCACUUGAUGGAACAAUUGUCACAGCUCAUCAAGCUUCGAUGAUGUUCCAGUAUUUUGUAAAAGUAGUCCCCACUGUGUACAUGAAAGUUGAUGGUGAGAUGGUAAGGACAAAUCAAUUUUCAGUAACAAGGCAUGAAAAAAUAGCUAAUGGACUAAUUGGAGAUCAAGGCCUACCUGGUGUGUUUGUGCUAUAUGAGCUUUCUCCCAUGAUGGUGAAAUUAACGGAGAAGCACAGGUCCUUUACACAUUUUCUCACAGGCGUCUGUGCCAUUAUUGGAGGAGUGUUUACAGUUGCAGGACUCAUUGAUUCUUUGAUCUAUCAUUCGGCUCGAGCCAUUCAGAAGAAAAUUGAACUUGGAAAAACUACAUAGAUUAGAUUCU